AUGUGCGUGUGCCGCAUGGCAAAGAUGCAAACCCGCUGCCCAGCUGGCACUAAAACGGUAGGCGAUGUGCUGUGGCUCUCCGCAGGUGAUACGCUCAGUGGCGCAGAGCAGCCACGCAAUGGCACUGCGCGACUCGUCCCACCUGGCAUGUCUGACUUGCCUCCGCGGCAGCUGGCGCUGCUUCCGACUCCCCAGCCCCAUAAACCGCGACGCACAGCCGUCGUACACCGUCGCGGCCAGCACUGCUCCUCCGUCCGCAGCACCUCCUCGCGUCGCCCUCUCGAUGAGGCGCUCUUUUGCGCCCUCAUAAUGGAGAGUGAAGCGGAGGUCCUGCGGCGGUUGCGGGCACAUGGGCUGGCAGCGCUCAUGGAUGACUUUCAAACGGUAUGCAGCAACCUCAGCCUGCAUAACGUACGGUCAGAGGAGUUCACCUUCAUGUGCGCCGCUGUGCUUCAGUGCCCAGUGCGACCUCGCGACGGCGAGAUCGUCUUUGCGUUUCUGCGGGGGGAUCGCACACCAGGCGGUGGCAUCAGCGUCGUGGAGCUUCUUGAGCGACUGCGGACGCUGUUUGAGCCACUCGAGGUACUCUGUGCGCUGCAGCUCAAAUGUCUUCUCGAAACGCGCCGACUCGAUUACUGCAACGUGGCACUCAAUGAGCUCGAGAGGGCUGGGGCCGGGCUGCGCUCCCUUCUCACCAACAACCCGCUCAGGGACAAAGUGGACGCGGAAUGGGAGCGGCUAGUCGCCGAGCUGCUGCGGCUGCAGGUGCACUUUGCAGUGCCCGUACCGACGUUUCGCUUGCUGGUGCGCCGCUCUGCGCGCGCGCUGCGGUCGGUGGUGCGCGCGCUGGGGUGGGAUGGAAAAAUACGAUGGCGUCUCUGUCGGGAGGAGGAGGACGAGGUCAGUGAUGACGGAGUGCAGGAGCCACUUCGUGCAUUCGAUGUUAGCCGUCUCACAGCAUGUACAGUACUUGACCUUUGCAACGAGGCUGGUGUGCAGGACAGGGGCACAGCGCUUCUCUCCUCUGUGACGAAGACGUACAAUCGAGGUCUGACGAUACGAACGAAGUCUCCGGUCGCCGCUGAGGGUCUGGGCCCUGCGCUGCGGGCAACCGUGCGAGCUACGAGGCAUGCCUCGCCGUUUCGCUCGCCAAACUCUGCGGCCGACCCGACGCACCCCCGCUUCAAAGCUGACCUCUACGCUGUUUUGCCGGCUUCACCAUCUUGUACAGCGGCCAGGAUGACUGCUUGA